CUCUAGUUAGGGUUUGGUUAACAUUACACCUUUAACCUAAACUUUGGUUUAUUUUACUAAUGUUUACAAAAUGCAACACAGUAGUCAAGGUUUAACUCUACAGUGUUGGUUUUGUGUUUACUGAACAUGAGUCCAUAACAAUUGCUUGUGCAUGUGGCCUGCUGACUGUAUGUGCUUUCACAGGUGUGAUCAGUAUGUCACUCAGCUGGACGAGAUGCAGAGGCAGCUGGCUGCAGCAGAGGAUGAGAAGAAGACCCUGAACUCUCUGCUGCGGAUGGCCAUUCAACAGAAACUGGCCCUGACGCAGCGGCUAGAGGACCUGGAGGCUGCCCCCAUGUCCCCUCACAGUCUGAACAGCAGCCCACGUCGCUCCCGUACUAAAGAGCUGGCCACAAAAUCAGGCCGCGCCCCCCGCAGCCCGCGAGGCAGCCCUGCACGGCCCCCUAUGAGGAGCAGCCCCAGAUCCAGUCCUGUCCCCGGCAGCGGUGUCCCAGCCAUGGCUACGCACCACCUUCGAGCUCUGACGCGGAGCCUUCACACAAGCCCACACACGAGCCCACGCUGAAACACUCCUUCCAUUACUUCAACUCCCCACUUCUCCAUAAGGACGUGUCUUCAUGUUGACUCCCUGGCUCCUCCUACCUCCCCUGACUCAAGGCACCCUGUUCAUCCCAGAUCUGAUGACACAUUCCCCAACAUGGACUUUUUAAAGUAAAACUCUCUCAUUCAAUCCGAUUGGUUUCCCGUGUAUAACAUGGGAAACCUGCAUGCAGCCCGGAGUCGGAUGAAGAGACAGACAUGCUGCUCAUUGCUUUUGUGAAGUCACUGAUUUUGUCUUGUCUGAAGUAGUUCCAGCUUACAUCUUGUUUCAUGAAGAAGUGUGUUGUGUUAAACCAGUAACAGUAUUUACUCCCCUGAAGUGCAGUAUGCGCUGUGCCUAGGCCUGUCACGAUAACCAAUUUUGUAGUGGGAUGUACUCUACUACUUUAUACCACUGACAGCAAAUCUUAAAGCAUUCUAAACCUAAUAAAGCUAUUGCAAAUAUAUAUUUUAAUAAUAAAUUAAUGCAAUGAAACACUUUAGUUGUUAGUGUUGAUGAUGAAUCAUAGAAGUUCCUUAUUAAACUCUUAAAUAUUAUCAUACAACAAAAUAAAUGCAAAACAGUUUCCAAAAGAAAUCAAAGAAAAGAAAAGCAACAAUAAAUAUUGAGUUUCAAAAAUAUUCAUCAUUCUUUCAUGUAUUUAGCAUCAGUUGAUGCAGUAAUCAUCGUGACAGGCCUAGCUGUGCCUUCUUAUGGGACAGCGUCUUCAAGGAUUCACGUUUAAACCUUUUGCCUUUAAACCUGUCAUGCCUGUGUGGCAAAUUUUCAAGCCUAUUAGUAGUCAAUAGAUUCCUAAUAUUAACCUGGCAGGAGUAGUUCUAUAGUGCAAUGCAACCUUAUGGUUGUUUUCUAUAUAAGCAUAUAGCAAUGCUUACAAUGUUAGAUUGCUUGAACUAGUCUGUUAGCCUAAAUAACCCUUUAACUCCAGUCCAAAAAGUACUAUUGAAUUGACUGAUAAAGAUUGGUCAUCCAAACAUCACCUCAGGUCAAAAUACAAAUGGAUAAAAUCUAUUUCAUCCUACUUUGAAAACUAUGCAGAUCCUAAUUAAGUGCAGUGCCUCCUUUAAAGGACCACUUGUCUUGAUAUUGUUUGUGGCUACAACUUUUUAUUCUACGUACAGAUUUGUUCAUGUAUGUUACAUGGUCAUUCCCAAUGGCUAUCAUCUGCAGUUAUCCAUAUUAAAUUUAUUUUUUGCUGUUCGAUGUGCUACCAUAUUAAGCCUCACUUGCAAAAAAUGCUUUUUGACAGUUCAAAAAUGUGUUCAAAAUGGAAAUGCAUAGUUUAUUUAAAGUAGAAAUAUUCAGCCCUGUUUGACAUCAUAAAUUUGUUAAUAUUCACUAAUUCUCUGGCACUGUUUUAUUUAAAGCUGCACUAUGUAACUUUUCUCGUGGAGGGUACACUACAUACUUGUCUUCAUGAAGAUGACAUUGCUUUGCCUAGAAUGUAUCACAGUAUGGCAUUAUUUAUUUACAUUUAUUUUGCAUUAACAAAAUUUCAAGUGGUUUUGUCCCUCAAAACAGUUGAAUUAAGUCUAUACUAUAUCAAUUUAUCAUUCAAUAUAUGGUAGGUGGAACAGUAUAUUUUCAUGCUCAGUAUUUUUUGUGGGUACAUUUUAUUUGCAAUAAUGGGGAAUUUUGUUAUUUUAGUUGUAAUACCAUAGGGUUGAAUAAUUAACUUUUAUGGCUAAUUAUGGCUUCAUUCUGCUGUUUUAUUUAUCGCAGCUAAUGGCUUUUAAUUAUAUUGGCUAUUUUAAAAAAUCUUUACUGGGAUUAUGCUACUUCAUUGGUACUGUGUCAGUGUCAUAAAAUACUAGUAGUUUCAUUAUUAUCAUUAAUUGCUACAUAAUAUAUUGUGCUUCAAAAUUUGUUAUCGGUGACAGACCUAGGUUUAAUGCCAUACUGUGUGAUUGGCAUGUCUAGAUGAUGAUGUUAUUACUUUGCUUGGAAUGUUCCAAAGUGCACCUUUAAAUCCUGUUGCCCUUGGAGACUGAUCAUGAUCACUGGAUCAUCUUUGCACAAUGGCUCUUUAGUAACAGUAGGUCAUCUUUAGAUUUUAACUUGUUCAACUUGUUUUUUAUUGACGAGUCCUGUAGAAAAAGUCCACCCUGCUGAUUUCUGUUGUAGUGCCUUGUUUUGUAUUUCAUUUGUUUUUACCCUUUACAAAUGUAGGGGCUUACCACACUGUACUUUUAUCAUUGCUUAAAGAACAAUUUUGAAGAAGGGUUUAACGCCUAAAUAUUGCAUUUUGGGAAAUAAAUAUUUUCACCUUUUAGCUUUCUUCUCUUGCAUAAACCUUGUUACAUAAAAUGGUAUAUCUAUUACUGUAACAGGGCCAGGUGAUGUUAAAAUUAUGCACAAGCACUGGAUGUACAAAAUAUAAUAUGAAGAUAUUUAUCAAGGAAUUUGUGCUAAAAAGUGAAAAUGUUAUGAUGUCUUAUUACACUGAAGGCUGUAAAUGCAUUUAUAGACCUAUUUAUUUUCCUUGUGCAAACCUUUGUUUAAUUUAUCACAACUGUUACAUAUUUUAACUAUUUAUGUUUUCUGCAAUAAGAGUAAACUGUUCUUCAACGGAUUUGAUGUUUCUCAACUUUUUACUUGUAUGCAAUGUCCAUGCAUUGAGCUGUGAGUCAUUCUUCAAUCUUUGUCAUUUGUCAAGAAUUAAACAAAAACAAUGUGA